AUGGAUCACUUCACGUGCAUUCCUUCGGAGAUCCUAGAGAAGAUAGUGGGUCUGGUGUUAGAAGCAGUAGAGGGGCCCGUGGAGGCGGCCGAGCGGAAUGCCGAGAGCAUCGCGCUCGUCAGCCGGUCCUGGAAUGCUGCGAUGAACACCGUCGGUUGGGAUGCUUUAUUGUUCAGGCAUCUGGGGACACGCGUCCAUUGCGAACCCGAGGACGCCCUGUGGCUAUUCCGCAUGCUCAGGUCGCACGAGACCCGGAUGAACAUCACCCAGGCCAGGAAAACAUUCAGGAUCUCGUCCAGGGAUUUGAAGGCUCAUACGCGUUUGGUGCCGCUUGAAGGCACAAAGACGACGUGGUAUGCCACACAGCAGCUGGUGGCAUUGGCCGUAAAGAAACACGGUGGAAUCCCAGCCUUCAGGGUCCAUAUGACCAAGUGUGAGAUGAGGACAGAGGUGGUGCGGCUCGCUGCACGGGCACGGCAGGACGCGCGGAUGCGAGAGGUGGACGAGGCGCUCCAGGGAUUUCCUUCCGACGUGCGCCGUCACGUGAACACGAGGGAUUACGUUCUCAAGAAUUCCGGGACGCUCCGGGGUCUGCGAGACAGAGCCACCCGCUGUGAGACUCGAACGAAACGGGCGCAGGAGAUAGCGGUGCUCGUGGGGCUCGAACUGUGUUACAUGAACUCUCUGCUGAGAGACUUGGCAGUGGUCUCGGAGCUCAAGUCGUAUCAGAAGCUAGAUUUCCACGAUGGCCCGUACCCGAGCUUUAGCAAGAUUGGCAUCAUGAGCGGUCUCAAGCGUCUCCUGUUCGGAGACAGCCGCGAGACGACGUUCUCGUUUCUUCGAGAGUCUCACUACCUGUCUGGGGCCCGAGCAUCUGCGCUGAGGUGCUGGGAGCACGCGGCGGAGAUCGGCAGCGUGGACGCGCACUUCGCGGUCGCCGUCUUCGGGGACGAGCCCACGCCGCGUGCGCUCAGACGGUUGCUGGCGUGCUACGAUGCGGGCCACGGCAUGACCAAGGUGAUGCUGGGGGUGUACAGCUACCUGGGAAUAUGCGGGAUGCCCAGGGACGACGUCGCGGCCCACGAGUACUGGCGGAAGGCUGCGGAUGAUGGCGAGAUCCGGGCAUUGUAUAUGCUGGCAGUCAUGCGCGAGGAACGGGGAGACUUCGCGGCGGCGCGCCGCCUGCUCAAGAUCGCUGCGCGUGGUGGUCUAUUGACCGCCUACAGCAGGCUCGCUCUCUAUUUCCUGAUGGGGCUCGGUAACCUGAGCCAGGACGUGGACUUGGGCAUGAAGAUGCUGCGGCGCGCUUCGGCGGACGGAGAACCCACAGCGAAAGAGUUUCUGAUAACGUGCUACGAAGAGGGAGUCGGUGUGACAAAGGACACGGAUGCUGAGUGGAGGGAGUGCGAGGAGUAUUGGAUUUGGGUCCAGGAGCGUCCACCUAGAGAAUUGUGCAGCAGUUUGGACCUGGUUGGCUGGCUGAUCGAAGCAUAA